AUGUCAGAAAGAGCAGCCACCAAUUGCCAUAAUUGUCGGCGCCGGAGAGUGAAGUGCGAUCGGCUGCUCCCUCAAUGCCAAAAGUGCUCCGACGCCGGACUUGAGUGCAUGGGCUAUGGGAGACUCAUCUUAUGGAACAGGGGAGUGGCAAGCCGCGGAAAGAUGAUGGGAAAGACGUUUGACGAGGCCCCAGUUGGAGGCAUGAAUGGUGUGAGGGCCAUGGAAAUGCAUUCUGCCACCUCUCAGGCCAUGGCCUCUGCGAACAAGACGCAAGAGCCUUUUCAGAGUGCAUGGGAAUUGAAUUUCUCACUGGUUGAUCCUCUCUUGCAAGAUCUUGAUCAUACAUCCCGACGCUACAUUUCCCAUUUCGCCUCGCAUGUCGCUCAAGACAUGGUGAUCUACGACCUCCCGGAACAGAACACAUUCCAUUCAUUACUCAAAUACAUCGGGUCAUAUCCGAUGCUGCGGAAUAUGGUCAUUGCGACGUCAGCCUACCUCUUGUCCAAUCGCUUCAGGCCUGAUACUCGCCCUCCGACUCUUUAUAACGACGCCUUGACGGCAAAGCAUCGAGCGAUCGGCAUGUUAAGGCCAGCGUUGCAAAACAUCGAGACGAUGGAUGUCAACAUUGUCCUGGCAUCAAUUACGCUCUUCAUUCUUUUCGAGCUGAUUGAUUCAGGGAAGAACACGUGGAAAAUCCACGUCGAGGGCGCAAAAAUGUUGCUGCUCCAUUACAACAGCCAGGACAUUUACGAGAGUGUCUCUACCCCGUUGGGGAAUGGUGCCGUGAAUUCUGGUCUUAUCUCGGAGUGCAUAGUGUUUGACAUAAUUGGAUCGACUCUUUCGGGCACAAGAUCGAAGUCGCUUGACUAUGAAAGUCGUGGUCUUAAUCCCCGUCCUUUCGUGGAAUUCGCCGAGAUGAACAACUGCUUCUCGUUCCCCGCGAAGCUUCUUGAACUCAUUCUUGAUACAUCGAGACUCGCAGACCGAGACCGAACAUGCAACGCGAACGUAGAAAUAGAAGCAACCGCGUUAAUGGAAUCAGCAAGAAGCUUCAACCCGCUAAUAUGGGCAGCGAGGCUUCGGUCGCAAUCGCCUUAUAAUGACAUCGAGCAGCGCGUCUUAGUUGCUUCGGCUCUCAAAGCAGCAGUUCGCCUCUUCAUCUGGAGAAGCCUCUUUUCGGAUAUUCCGAAUGGCCUGAGCACGGCGAGCCGUCACGCUCUUCUCUCGGAAAUCAUCCAUCAUCUUGCGCAGAUCGAUACUAGGAGCCCUUUAUUCAAGGCAACCGCCUGGCCUUGCUUCAUCGCAGGAGCGGAAACCGAUGACGCCGGCGAGCAGAGCUGGGUCGUGGAUCGUUUACGGUGUUACUACAACCUCAUGCCAUGGAAUUACAUCAUCAGUAUGAUUGAAGUGCUUGGAUUUAUAUGGUCACUGAAAACGCAAUCCAGCGCCGAAAAUCCUCAAAUUGAUCUAAAUUGGUUACAAGCGAUCAAGGAGCGGGGCAUCGAUCAUUUUGUGGCCUGA